UUAAUUAGUUCAGCAUACGACACAAGAGCCAAUAAAAUUUCAUGUAAAUUUUUGUUUAUAGUAGUCAAAACAUUUAGGCGCCACUUAGGGGUUCACUCGAGCCAUGGACAAGGACAGUGAGAAAUGUAACCAAUCGUGCAUGACAGACAAAUCCGCAUGUUGCCGGCGACCCAAUGCGUGUCGCUAUUUGCUCAGUCAGCGGCAGCAGCAGCAACAGCAACCACAACAGCAGCAGCAAUCGAAUUGCCCAACAGCUCAAAUUAUUUAUCGUGGCAACAACUUUUGCGCCACACAAAGCGAUGAGGAGCUUUUCUAUGACUGCGCUAGUGUUGACCAUGACUUGCCGCGCGAGGGCAACAGCUGCGCCAAGAGCAACUUAAGCUGCAGCGACUGCAGUCGCCUGGACGAUCCCGCCGAGAUACGCGCAGCACUUGAGCGCGCCGCCUGCGCCACACAGAAGCUGCUCAAGAACUUUGAUCGCAAUCGCAAGCAGUCAUGCAAUGCAACGCUGGAGAUUACAGCGCGACUCAUAACCAUUGAUGAUCAGCCCACCAGUCAGCGGUGUGGCCACAACAAGCCGGUGACUGUGCAAAUGCCGCUGCAGUUUGAUCCCAACAGCGGGCAGCUGCAGGUGUCGCCCAUGGCGCAGCCGCCGCCGCUGCAGAGCAAAGCUCCAGCUUUGAUGUAUCUGCAUGACGAGCGUCCGCCAUAUCAGCAAGACAACAGCAAGAACGACAAUUCCCACAGCCAGGACAUGCAAACCGACAAAUCCUACGUACGCGACAAACUCAAGCCCAUGUCCCCAGCCCACAGCAGCGAACUGAACGAGAACAGCGAAGAGCGCAGCAAAGAUCUAAAUGCCAAAUCAUCCCAAACGGAUAACUACCACAUCAUCAAGCCACAGGAGGACGACAUUCCCUCCGUGCACUCCCAAACCGACGCCUCCUAUAUCUACGAUCGCUACAUGCGCGAGCGUCCCGACAACUUGCACCAGCAGCAGCAGCGGCAGCGGCAGUUGCAUCAAAGCAGCCAAACGCAUGUCAAGCGCAAUCUGAGUCCAUUGCGUGGCAUUCACUAUCCCACGCACUAUAACAACGCAGGCGUCUGCCCGCCGCUCAAGCCUUGCCAAUGCGCUCCAAAUGCCAGCGCUAUGCUUAUGUGCGCCUGCGGCUCCAAAUCCAAUCCCAUGCUGCCCAACGCGCAACUGCAGCAUGAUCUAUGCAAAGCCAAGUCUGCGCCCAGCGAGCUGUGGCGCAGUUUGCCUUCCCAUGCUGCGCCAUCAACCGCUGACUGCGGCUGCGACGCUGCUGCAGCUGCACAGCGUGACUUUGGCUGUGGCCAAUCAGGUGGCGGCUCCCAGCGCACAUUGACGCCAUGUGCUGCUCAAGCGCCGCUGCCUGCUGUAUCCGCCGGCGUGCAGACUUGCGCCUCAGCUGCGCAGCAAUGUCCAUCAGCAGCGCCGCUAUGUCCAGCAGCGCCGCCAUGUCCAGCACCACCGCAGCCUUGCACCUCCGCUGCGGCGGCGGCACAGCAAUGUCCAUCGAAGGCGCCAACAUUUGCCUCAGCCGCAGCAGCGUCUACGCCUGCGCCCUCGACAGCAACUGAAAUCAUUUUCAAGCCACAGCUGGAAGUGCACGAUGAGGAGCUGGGCCUGGUCUACGCUGAUGCUUCGCUGGCGGAUCAAACUUCUGCUACAGUUUUCUGUCCGCAGAUCUGCGGCAAUGUGCCGGAAGCGCCGCAGCCGCAGCCAGCACGCGUCACCUACUGUCCCAACGAUCCCAGAGUUAGAGCCAAAGCCAAAACCUGCGCUCCCGGCUGCAGCUCCGCCAAGCAGCCGAGCAACACGCAGUUCAAAAGCGCCGCCUCCAGCUGCACGCGCCAAGUGGCCAGUCCCAUCAUUUGCAGCUGCGCCGAGCCCAGUCAUAUAACCACCUCGGCCUAUGAGGAGCCCAUGAUGGACUGCGCCAGCUCGCAGCAGCAGCAGCAGACGCCCUAUUCACACGCCUCAUUCGGCUGUCCGGAGCGCACUUCGUCGCGCUCGCGCUCGGUCAUGGACAAGGUCACCUGCCUGUGCAGCUCGGUGCAGCGCGCCACAUUGGGGCGCCUCGGCCAGCAUGACAAUGCGCCGCCGUUUCUGCCGCGCCAGGACGCUGCCAGCUGCUGCGCCCAGCAACAGCUCCAUGAGAUUUGUUUGCUCUCCUCCGCCAGCUACUCGCAGGUGCUGCAAACCAACAAGAGCUACAAAAUCAGCGCCAAGCGCAGCAGCAAGUCCAGCGGCAAGGACAUGUAUCGCGACUGCGACUCCAGCUCCAACACAUCCAUAAAUGAGCCCAAGUCGCUGGUCAAAUACGCCAGCAAACUUUGCUCUAAAAAGCAAAGCCACAAGUCCAAGAGUGCGCCAAGCUGCGACUGCAGCGGCGAGCCGCAUGAUUCGUCCAUGCGCAGCGCACGCAGCUGCUCGGCGGAUCUGAACUCCAAGAGUUUGUCGCUGAAAAGUGCCCUGAGCAAAACCCCCGAGUACAUGGACACGGAAGCGAGCUGCUCAUGCGAUAAGCAAAGCGCUGUCAUGAGAUCGCUGCCAAGUUCGCCCAGCUGCAAGUCGCCCGCAACUUACGUCAGUUUCCCCAGCUGCUCGGAGAGCGCGCCCAUGAAAUCGCUGCCAAGCUCGCCCAGCUGCAAGUCGCCCGCAACGCAUGGCAGCUGCGAGCCGCCGGCGGAGCAACAUCCCUGCGUGCAGGCGGAUUGCAAAUGCUACACGCUCAACUCCAGCGCCAUUUGCGAGGAGGAGAGCGUGGGCGUUGUGAUGCAGUGUGGCAAGGAGGCGUCCAGCUGCGCCGACACCACUGGCGAGUCCACCUUCGAGCAGAGCUGCCGUCUGUGCGAGACAAAUGUGCAGAGUCUCUGCACCAGAUCCAUGCCCAUUACCGAGCCCAGCUGUGGCUGCGAUCUGGAAGCUGCGCCCGCCAAUCGCAAGCAGCGCAUUCUAGCGCUAGUGGAGCAGCUGAGCCUAAUGAAGGAAUGUCAUCCACAGCGUCCGGAGAUGAUACGUCAGCUGUUUGGCGAACUGACGCUCAUGCUGCGCGAUGAGGCCGAAAGCGCCAAGUUGCCACAGGAUGAGCCGCCGCGCGUGCCGCCCACAUUCGAGGAGUGCAUCGAGGCCAAAGAGGCGCCUUGCUGGUGCGAACAGACGACGCAGCGCAGCAAAACGGAGCUGCAACGCUUGGAGUGCUUCAAUGAAAUGGAAAAGUACUUGGAGCACUGUCUGCUCAAGUCGGGCACGCGACCCACAUCGGCCACCGAAAUUGGUGGCUUUGAAUUUGAUCCAGAAUUCGAUCCGUAUCGCGCUGGCCAAGAGGACUCGCAAACGUUCAAGGACUGCCAUGAGCCGGAGGAGCACUUUGCUGGCACUUGUGAGGAAGAGGAGGCAACCAAAGCAGACACAACCACAGGCACAACGGGAGCAGCAGGGCUGGAGGAAAGCGCUGGCGGCAAAAGCGAACGCACCGAUUUUACAGGCAAAAGCGAAUCUACAGCCAAAAGCGAAAGAACUGAGCGCACUGGCAAAAGCGAGCGAACCGAUUUUACAUUCAAGAGCGAAAGAUUCGAGUAUACGGGUGAGAGCGUCACAAUUCCGGCGUGCAUUGCGGCAGAGGAAACGCUGCCAGCAGCUGAGAGUGAAACAGAGGAGCCGGCACAGAUAGCAGCACGCACAGGCUCCAAGCGCGGCUCACAGCUGCAGUCUGCCGAUGGCUCCAAGCGCGGCUCACAAGUUGUGCCGCAAGCUGCUGAGCCAACUGAUGCUUACCAAUUAGUAGAGGAGGAGCUAGUGGUCAUUGAAGAGGAAACCAUUGUAGUUAUAGCUGGACAAGACGGCGAUGAAGCUUUAGCCGAAACAGAGCCACAGUCAGCGCCCCACGCUGGUCAACUCUGCGCCAUGGACGCUGGCGGCGCCUUGGGUCAGCUAACCGAACGCGAGUGCCUGCUCAUGGAAUACAUGCUGCGCCGCAUGUGCCAAUACUGCGAGGAGGAGCAGCAAAUGCAGGAGGACGACGGCGGCGGCGAGGGCUACGACGAUGAGUGCGACUGUGAAGCGAACUACUCGCAAAGGCAGCAGCAGCAGCCAGGCGGCUGUCUCUGUUGCCACUGCCGCGCCAUGAUCUGUGAGAAUCAAUGCAAGUCGGUGACCAAGACUAUGGAUGCAGUAAGCGAUCCUGUAGGCGAAAUGAAAUAUUUUAUUGACUCGAUUAUAUUUGAUUUGCAAUCAAUGGACCAAGUGCUGAACAAAAAGAAAAUUAAACCCAAGGGCUCGCGCUCCAAGCAGCCAGCGGGCAAUGCGCCUGGCGACAGCUUUCCAGUUACCAUUGCCGAAGUUUCCAGCUUGGGUUGUGCAGCGCUCUUCAUAAGAUGGGAGGUGCACGACUGCACCGCCAUAGCGGGCUAUGAGAUCUAUGUGGAUGGCCACUUGACCAAUCGUUUUUAUAGUUUUCGACACGAGGCUGGCGUUGUUAGCAAUGUGGACGUUACCAAAAUGCAUCAGAUUGUGCUGCGUGCACAGGCAACGGGUCAGGACUUUCCUGGCGAGGAGUGCGGCAAUGCUGUAGCGCAUGCGCAUCCGGAGCUGCUAGCUGGCGCCAGUCGUCCUUGGAAGCCCAGCAUUUAUUUCUACGAUCCGGACAGCGGCGUUGCGCCGCCACGCAGCAGCAGCAAGAAAAAGUCUGAGGCAGCAGCGCCAGCGGAAACAGAAGCGGAAACAGAAGCGUACUAGUCAGCCAGUGAAUUUGUCAAUUUUUAGGAUUUGUCCAAAACAUGUCUGAAUUGGAAUUUAAAGUGCCUUAGAGAGAGAGAGAGAGAGAGAGAGAGUUAUGCACUUAAAGCUAAACGGAAAUUAGAGAUGGGCACGCAAAUUGAAACACACACACACACAAAAGUAAAUUGUUACACACUUGAGAGAUUGUUAAGUUAUCGUUAUCGUUAUAUAGAUUUAUAAAGUCACAAUUGUAUGUCACGCAAGCAAAUCACUCAAACAUAUAGCGCCUAGAACUUUAAAAUUAAGCAUAUUUUUGUAUGAAUCCAAAGCAUAUGUAGUAGGCCCAUCUCUAGUAACUAACUAAAAUUAGACUGCCGUUUUAGGCAAGCAACCCACAACAACAAGAACAGCAACAAGAACUUUGCAGCUAAUGUUAAAUGUUUAAUUAAUUAAUUACUUACCACCUGUAACGUAGCAAUUGUGAACUCAGUUUUCAUCAUUGUAUGUACGUGUACAUAGUUUUUACAUAUACAUACAUUAUACGUAUUUAAUGCGCAUUA